UUCUUCUCUAUCAAACCAGUUUCUUUCUUCUGUUUAUUACAAAUUUACAAUCAUGGAUUCAAGAAUUGUUCAUAGCCAUGUGCAAGAUGAGAACGAGGAACAAAACUCACAUAACAUUGAAUCACAACAAGUUACACUGACACAUGGCGUAGAAGAGAACCAAUCUUCUGAUCAUGAGAAGAAGUCUGUUCUGAAUAAGGUGAAGGCAAAGGCUAAGAAAAUUAAGGACACAAUUAAGAAGCAUGGUCAACAAGUACUUGAUAAUGGUAAUGGACAUAACAAUCAAAUUCAGCAUACUCCUGAUGAUGAUGAUGGUGACUUGGAUGAUGAUAAAGAAAUUGUUCAAGACCGAGAACUUAAUCAAGUACCAAUUUAUGACAGUGAAGAUGUUAAAAGUCCUACAUCUACACCUGAAUCUGAGAAAGUUGAAAAUUUAGGAAAUUCAGGAAUUGAUAUUGAAGGUACAAAAGUUAAGGGAGAAGAACCAUAUCAUGAUACACCAGUUGAAGGCGAUUCUUUGAUCACUGAAAUCAAUCAAAACAUAGCCAAUGACCAGGCCAAAACAUUUCCUGUGGAAGAGAAGCCAGAGCAAUACAAGGCCAAUUUGGAGAAGCCAGCAAUAGUCUUUGAGGAAUAUCCUCAAAAACAAGGAAUUAAAACUGAGGAAUAUACUCUUCCAAAUUAUCAAAUCAAUCAUACUGAUCCAAGUGGUGCAGAAAAUGAUGAAAUCAAAGACAAUAUUAAACCACUUGAAGAAUCUCUUGAGAGAAUAAAUGUGCAUGAUGAUGAACCAAAACUUACCAAAGAACCAAAAAUCCAGUCAUCUGUUGCUGAUAUUAAAUACCCUCCUGAGGCAUAUACUCUUCUUGAUGAUCAAACCAAAGACACUCAUCCAAAUGAGGAAGGAAGUGAUGAAGUAAAAGGCAUUACACCACUUGAGGAAUCUCUUGAGAGAUUGAAUGUGCAUGAUGAGUCAAAACCUACCACAGAACAAAAAUUCCAGCCAUCUGUUGCUGCUGACAAUGAAUACCCUCCUGCUGCUGUUGUCAGUCAUGAUCAGUUUGUGCCGGACCUCUCCGAUGCAACAAAAACUCAGAAUGAAUAUCCUCAAGAAACAGCAUCCACUGAUAUCAAUAGAGACUUUGAAAUUCCCUCAGAAACUAGAGAACCUUUCAACAACAUCACAACCACUGCUGAUAUACAACCUGGUUAUGAAGAAUCAGUGAAGACACAACCAAAGCACAAAAGUUACACAGAUGAAAUUGAAAUCUCACAACCUGCAGAAGAAGUUGAUACAACUAUCCGUCCUGAAGAUGAUGAAGUUUCUAAGCUUGGUAUUGAUGAGAAAGGUGAUGAACAAAAAAGUGAGAAUGGAAAGAACAUUGGUUAUUCUCUUACUGAGAAAUUGACUCCAGUUUAUGGAAAGGUUGCUGAGGUAGGAAAUGCAGUGAAAUCCAAAGUUUAUGGAACUAAUGAUGGAAGUGAAACAAAAAAUGGGGACAAAGGGGUCACUGUGAAGGAUUACUUGGCUGAGAAGCUAAAGCCUAGUGAAGAAGAUAAGGCACUUUCUGAGGUGAUUUCAGAAGCUUUGCAUAAAGGGAAAGAAGAUCCACUGAAGAAAGAGGAUGGAAAAGUGGAUAGUGAAGUUGAGAAGUCUGAGAAAGUGUUUGAAGAUAGCAAUGUGAAUAGUCAAGGAAAAGGUGUAGUUGGCAAGGUUAAGGAUGUUGUUGGCUCUUGGUUUGUAAAAUCACCACAAGGUGGAGGAAGUGGUGAAGAUUUAUCAGAGAAUAAAAAAUCUGUUGGAGAAGUGGAACAAGUUGUGGAUGAAGGAGGAAAACAAGAGUAAUCCAAUUGAAGAACAAGUUUUAGUUACCUGAAUAAAGUUUUCUAUAUAUAUAUAUAUUUGUGAAGUGAUUAUCCUGUUAUUAUUUGUAAUUAGAUAGUUUGUUCAUGGUGGAUUGAUGAAUCAUGUGGAAGCUAUUAUGUUUGUAACUUUGUAUUGUUGGAAUAUUUUAUUUAAUUAUUGUGUCAAUAAUAUUAUUAUUUGGGAA